AUGCAGCCGCUGCAUCGACGGGGCUCCCGGCUAGAAAGGAGAGAAAGUCAGGUUCAAGGUCUUGAUAGCAUUGCCAAGAAAUUGCUCUGGCGUGAGGCUGCCAGCUUGUGGGAAUCCCAAUUCCUGUCCAUUAGCUACCAAAGCCGACAUCGCCACUGCCAGUCUCCCUGGAAUGUAUGGGCAAUGCUGGAUCUUAUCAUACGCGAUAUCUGCACCAUCGCCAUACCCGUUGUCACCUGCUGCGGCGUCGAUCCCCGACCCGGUUUUCGGGAUGGUUUCUGGAUCUUAAGCCGCUGGUCAAUUUUCUUGCUCAUGGCAACCGUGGUGAUUGCGCAUCCAGCAAUCACCAUUACAUUCAUUUUGUGA